AUGACACUCUCAUUUAAUCGAUAUGAAACUAUUCAAGUCGCCGGUCGAGGUGCUUUUGGUCUUGUUGUUAUAGCCAGAGACAAUGUUACAAAGAAACGAGUUGCAAUCAAACGAAUUCUGAUUCCAAAUGUUUCGAAAAUUCAGCUCGUUCGUGAAGUCAGCUGCCUCCGAUGUCUCCAUCAUCGAAACGUUCUCAAAUAUUUGGAUUGUUUUGGUACGGCUGAUAUGGUAUCCAUAGUUACCGAAGAGGUUCCGUAUACACUUGCAGAUGUGAUUAAUGAUAAAUCGAGGCCAAAAACAGAAGAAUUGAAUAGAUGGUUCUAUGCCCAAAUCUUGUCUGGAAUUGCCUACAUUCAUUCGAAGGACAUUAUGCACAGAGACAUAAAACCGGAAAACAUUCUGGUUACACUUCGGAACAUUAUCAAAAUCGCUGAUUUCGGGCAAGCGUGUUUUCAUCUAAAAGAACGACCAGACGAAGAAUACGAUGAAAAUGUGGCAACUCGAUGGUAUCGUGCUCCAGAAAUACUUUUUGGAUACAGAAAAUAUGGACCGAUGGUCGAUAUUUGGGCCAUUGGAUGCAUUUUGGCUGAACUUGUCAGAGGAAAACCUAUUUUUCCGGGAAGAAGUGAGUUGGAACAGAUAUCCGUGAUAUUCGGUGUUCUGGGAACUCCAAACGAAACAAAUUGGCCAAAAUGGAGAUCAAUGCCAGAUGCAAACAAGUUAUUGUUUGAGCCUAAAGAGCCGAGAAAGAAUUGGGCUGAAAUUUUGAGAUGCAAAGAAGUGUCACAGGAAUUCGACAAUUUUCUUCGUCUUCAUCUCCAAUUAUGUUGUGAUUUCCGACCGACUGCCAGUGUUCUUUUACAGCAUUCUUGGAUAAAAAAGAAGUCGUCGUUGACUGAACCAGUAUAUCGGAUAACGAGAAAGAACGUGGAGAAGAAUCGAAGAGAUGCACUUCCACCAAUACAUGUAUUCUUAUAA